ACUGCAAAUAACUUUGUACGGUCAGUGCUCUUCAUCGUCAGAUAGCCGACUGUUGUGGACAUCAGCAAAUAUUUUGGAGGAAAAUCGGGGAAAUAAUUGUCACCCCUAGAACAAAAUGCCUGCGCUUGUGGAACGUCCCAAAAUGAGCCUGGCCAUGUGGGCCGCACUGAAGACUCACAUUAUGCGCCAACGAGAGAAAAAGAAGCAAGAGCAAGAAGCAGAUGCUGCAACAGAACGGGUACGCAGGGAGCAAGAACAAAAGCGAAAACAAGACGCGAUGACGUUGGAAGAAAUUAAGGAUCAGGUGCAGCAGUCUGAAAAGAAGCUUAAGGAUCUCAAGGACGAGAAGCAUCAGCUGUUCCUUCAACUGAAGAAAGUGCUGCACGAGGACGAUACGAGACGUCGUGCACUUGUGAAAGAAGCUAACGAAAUGGCGGCAUUGAACCAUUCGGCAUACUUACAACAAGCCUUACCUCAACCCGUCUACCUGCACGACAGAGCUCAGUCCAUGUACAAACCUACCGUGCUCCACCGAGCUCCAAUGAAGCGGCCCCUAAGCCCCUCACCUCCACCCCAUCACCCGAGCUUUCCUCAACAGUAUGCGUACAAACCGCAGUCGUACGGGCCAAAAUUAAUUCCAGCCUACGCUCCUACCAGCCAUGGCCCCAUAUACUACACUCACGUUCCCGGACAAGCCUCUGUACCCACCAUGGCAACGGGCACACCAGUUCCAUACCCUGGAUACCAGUUUCCCGAGGUUUCCAAGCCUCAGCAUCACAUAGUUCAUGGAUUUCACGUCCCCCAGCAGGGCUACUCGGGAGUUCCACAGCCAUUGGAACAUUCCAUUCAAAAGCCAAGGUUUCAUGAUGAAAAGUUUUAUGUUUCACAAGCAUUAUCAAUUAGACCGAACGUUCACACAUCGCAAGCGGCAAUGGUGUUGGCACAUCACCAACAACAAUCAAAGACUGCUUAUAUGGUUCAGCAACAGUUGGUGCAGCGGCACCCGGGGUACCCUAGCCAAGGUCCACGGUUUUAUUGAACCUAGUGAAGCUCUCACAGUUGAACUAAAUGGCACUCCAGACAAGCUCCACAAUUUUAGCAAAUGGUACCGCAGCCUGUUUUGCUGAGAAGUAAUUGUACAACAAAGUACAAGAGGCAUUUUUCAUUCAGACCUAUUGCUGCUGGGUGACAUGGAAGUCUCUUAUGGUCCUUCAGCUGGGAUAGCCUUUCAACAUUUGCCAAAGAUUAUGGAAAUGCUCCUUUAGUUGUGACCUCCCUUUUGUGCAAACUUCAACUGGCACUGCUGUUUAUCUUCUUUUACUUAAGCAUUUUACUUGCUUUUAAUUCACGAGGACUGUACGUUACAUAAACACAUAUAUACAUAAACACGAGGACUUAACUCGCCUUCACUGGGGAAGGUGGUUACUCUGUCGGAUGGACAAUUUUUCUUUUUUGUAAGUAUGUCUUUUUCAUCUAGCGUACCAUGGCUGAAGGUAAUUGUUUUUCGAAUAACACUGUGAUCCUCUCGGUUGUGCAUUCAGACGGUGCUGCUGUAUAAUCGCACUACAUGUAUAUUUUUGUAUGGAAUAAAUGUUUUAAUGCCUUGGU